AUGCCUUGGGAAUCUGCCUUCUCCUGCAUUAUCCUCGCUACUCUUACAGCGCAGUCAAGAGCACAGGGACUGAUAACCGAUGUGGAAGGAGAAGGAUAUGGCCCAAAACCAAGCUCCAGCUCAAUGUCAGCGGGGAUGAUCGUGCUAUGCGUGGUAGCAGGAAUUGUGGUUUUGAUCGGAAGUCCGUUUUCCAAAACUCCCAUCGCUCCGAUCCCAGCUUUAUGUUACUUGGGCAUGUUUACUGACCCUAGCCACUCUGCAGUCUCCACAACAAUUUUGUUCAUCAUUGCGAAAAGACGCCAAUGGGCAAUGCGCGAGGUCAUUACACGGUCUGCUCGACGAGCCACCCAGGCCAUCAAGACUCCCUUGUCAGCCAGGUUUCCGAGAUCUCAGGUCGCGCGAGGCAUGGACUCGGAGUUUCCUACCAAUCGCGCCGAAGAAAGAAGUCAAAAGCUGAAGGUCAAUCCAAAGCACAACGAUAUAGAGAAGAACUCUCUUAUUACGGAAACAGAAAAAGCUAGAAAAGGAGGAAACGGUCGGACGUGGAGGUCACUAUUCCCCUCUGGUCAUUCAUAG